GAUGAUGUUUGUCAUCAUUAUUUUCAUCAUUGACUUCAUUCAUUUGCAGCAUUUUAAGUGUUGAUGUGGUUGUUUGAUAUUUUUCCUUUAUUGAUUUGUUUCUAAAUUUAUUUAUAAUGGCCUGUCAAGGUAUGAGAGAUAGAUUGGCUGUCCAUAGUCCUAUUUCACUAGAAAAGAUACCGUUCAAGACAGGAAAACCCGGAAGAAUAUUAUGGUAUCAUUGUGGACCUGCUGUUUAUGAUUCUUCUCACAUGAGCCAUGCACGUUCACUGAUAUCUUUGGAUAUAAUUCGGCGAAUACUUGCUGACUUUUUUGACUACAAUGUUUACUUUGUAAUGAAUGUCAAGAAAAUGAAUGCUAAGAUUAUUGACGAUAUGGUUGCUUUUAAUGUCAGAGAUCCUGACUUAUUAACUAGUUAUGAAGAUGGAAAUAGUUGUUCUUGUGUCGAUUUCAUCGAGAAAUAUAUUUUUGAAGACAGUUCGGACAUUAAUUCGAUUGGAUAUGAUAUUAAGUUUGUAAGUCGUGGUAGCGAAAUGGUGAAACCAGAUCAAGAUAAAGAAAUGAAUUUCGUUCAAAUAAGUGAUGCAUUGAGCCGGUAUUCUUGGAGACAAUUGAGAUUAGCCUUCCUUCUACACCCUUGGAAUGAAACAUUUGACUAUAACGAUAAAACAAUGGAAGAGGCAUUAUACUUCGAAGCCAAACUUAAUAAAUUUUUAUCAUCCAUUGAAGAUGCACUAAUGAAUGAAACUUAUACUUAUAAAUCAUCAACAAGGGAUAAUAAUAUCGAAAUAAAAUUCAAAGAAAUCAAGGAAGUUAUUAACCAUGCUUUGUGUGAUAAUUUUGAUACCAAAAGUGCUCUUGAUGCUAUUGUGGCUUUUAUCCAUGAAGUGCAAAUCUAUUUAACGGAUAAUCCUAAUCCGAAAAAAGAAACUCUGGUUGAUAUAAAAAAUUAUAUUGUCAAUUUAUUCAAAAUUUUCGGAGCAUGGGAAAAAGAUACUAAACCUGGCUUAACCCUAGCAUCUCUAGCUGAAUACGGUUCCCCGAAUUUGGAUGAACUAAUCAUUAAGAGUAGAGACGUUUUCAACCAAACAAUGGCAAGAUUCGGUCUGGAUAAAAAAGAGUGUCAUAUUCUUAAAGAAUGUAAUCAAUUGGACAUCAAGGAAAAUCAAAAAAGUAAUGCAGAAGAGGUCCAAAUAUUGAAAGAAGCGCAGAGAUUAAUUCCACCACCACAAAUAUAUUUCAAUCUGAUCGACAACUAUGCACAGUUUGGCGGCAAGAUUGAAUCAAUUGAUGAUGGCAAAGACAGAAAAGUUGACGAUCCAUUUUUGCACAAGUUGAUAAAAUUACAUGAGCAGCGUGAAAGAAGAGACAAACUAGUUGUCUACAACUCUAUUUCGAGAAAAAAGGAACCUUUUCUCACAAAAAAUUCUGGAAAAAUAUUAUGGUACAAUUGUGGACCUACUGUUUACGACUCUUCUCAUAUGGGCCAUGCACGUUCAUAUAUUUCUUUGGAUAUUAUUCGACGUAUAUUAGCUGGCUAUUUCGGUUAUGAUAUUGACUUUGUGAUGAAUAUUACAGACAUUGAUGAUAAGAUUAUCAAGAAAGCUAGACAAUUGUAUUUGUAUGAAAAGUAUCGAUCUGAAGUUUCUAGUGGUCAACUUAACGAGAAAGUCUUUCGUGAAGAUAUUCAAAAUGCAAUAACAUAUUAUGAGAAUAAACUUACCAAAGAAGAAGAUCCUGACAAAAAAGCUAUGAUGACGAGACUUUUUGAUGGUUGUAAGGUUUUUGAUGGUCUCAACGUUGCAGAAAAUCUCGAAAAAUGCAAAGAAGUUCUCUACGAAUAUUUGGAUUUCAAAAAUGGGUCUAGUGUUACCGAUAACGAUAUAUUUAUCGAUGUACCUCGCAAAUAUGAGUCUGAAUUUUUCGACGAUAUGGUUGAAUUGAAUGUUGCUGGCCCAGGUAGAUUAACAAGAGUUAGUGAAUACGUCCCACAAAUCGUCGAUUACAUUGAAAAGAUCAUCAAGAAUGGCUAUGCGUACGAAUCUAACCAAUCGGUUUACUUUGAUACAAUUAAAUUCAGUUCUUCACCAAAGCACGAAUAUGCGAAACUUGUUCCCGAAGCUGUAGGGGAUUUGAAAGCAUUGAGUGAAGGAGAAGGUGUUUUAUCUACUGGUGGUGAUAGUGUUAAAGAUAAAAAACAUCCCAAUGAUUUUGCCCUUUGGAAAAAAUCUAAACCUGGUGAGCCGUCAUGGGAAAGUCCAUGGGGCAAAGGUAGACCUGGUUGGCAUAUUGAAUGCUCAGUUAUGGCUAGUGAUACCCUUGGUGACACUUUGGAUAUUCAUUCUGGUGGAUAUGAUUUAAAAUUUCCUCAUCAUGAUAAUGAAAUGGCACAGUCUGAAGCCUAUUAUGAUACUGGAGACAAUUGGGUGAAUUACUUUUUGCAUACUGGACACUUAACUAUCUCAGGAUGUAAAAUGUCUAAAUCUUUGAAAAAUUUCAUCACAAUCAAAGAUGCAUUAAGCAAACAUUCUUGGAGACAAUUGCGAUUAGCUUUCCUUCUUCACACUUGGAAUGCUACUUUAGAUUAUAGCGAUGAAACAAUGAAAGAUGCGAUAUCAUUUGAAAAAUAUCUCAAUGAGUUCUUAUUAUCCAUUGAAGAUGCAUUACUGAAUGAAGCUUCUUCUUAUAAAAAAUCGAGAAGAGAUGGUGAUAUCAUGAUAAAAUUUGAGGAGGUCAAGCAAAGUAUUGAGGAUGCUUUGUGUGAUAAUUUUGAUACAAAAUUGGCUCUUCGUUAUGUCUCAAGUUUAAUCAGUGAUGUAUACAUUUACCUGAAGGAUAAUCUUAGUCCAAAUAGAAAAAUUUUGAUUGAUGUAAAACAUUAUAUCAUUAAUUUAAUGAGAAUCUUUGGAGCUUGGGAAAAAGAUGAACUAGCUGAUGUGAAAUUACCACCACAGGGACAACUUGAUUUAAAAAGUAAAGAAGAACAAAUUCUAGAAAAGAUUCAAGAAUUAGCUAAUUUCAGAUUGGAGAUGAGACAGUUUGGUCUAGAAAGGAAAGAAAACGAAGUUUUAACAGAAUGUGAUGCAUUGAGACAAAAUUUAAUGGAUCUUGGAGUUAAAUUGGAAGAUAGAGAAACGGCAGGUCAAAUGUUAACAAAAAUUAGAUUCAUGGAUAAAGAAGUUCUUCUCAAAGAGAUUCAAGAAAAAAAGAACCAAGAAGAAGCAAAAAUACUUGAAAAAGAAAGGAAAAAGAAAGAGCUCGAGGAAGCACAAAGAAUCAAAGAUGCUCAAAAAGCAAUUCCACCAUCUCAAUUAUUUAUUAAUCAAACCGAUAAAUAUUCACAGUUCGACGAUAAGGGUCUACCAACUCAUGAUGCCGAAGGAAAACCUGUUAGCAAGUCCUCGUUGAAAAAGUUGAUGAAAUUAUAUGAACAACAAGAAAAGAGAUAUGAAGAAUACCUAAAAAGUUCUAAAGAAAACAAUGCUUAAUCACAUUUAAUUUAAACAAUUUAAAACAAAAUAAAUUUUAUUAAUUUGGUUAA